CACCGGCGUAGCCUCAUCUCCCGAAAAGACCAUCCACAAUAAUAAACUAAAAUCACUUACCAUAAACUUUUUUAAGAAUAAAAGGAGUUGGCAGUAUUGACUUAUCCCCGUAAUGGGGCAUACUACAGCAAAAUGGUGUGCAACGACGCUCCUGCUAUGCGUAUCUGCAUUUGCGUCUCCACGUACAUCAAGCAAUUCCUUCAUCAGAAGCGCAGUAGAAACUAUCCCACAGCAUGACCCCAUUCCUGUACCCAUUCGUGCAUCAGUCGAAAGUAUUCCACUUAGGAGCAUACGGGAUGAAGGUGAAGGAAGACUACCUCUAAGAGAUGCGGUCGAAAAGCGACCGAUACCCGUAUUAAAUGCAGAAUAUAACUACAAAUUAUUGGGGGACGUGGAACGUAUUAAUAAUGCAAAUGGUUUUAAUACCGAAGGAUACAAACAAUAUUAUGGCGCAGCCAGUUUUCUUAACAACGCCACACAUAGUGAUGAGCGGCUUCAUUUAGGCAAUGCGAACUUACAAGAAAUGCAGCAAACUUCUGGGGUUGGUGCUGUUCGUCGAUUAGUUGUUUGCUACAUCGAAUCGUGGGCAGCUUACAGAGCUCCACCGUUGGCUUUCACGGCCAGCUUAGUGCCACGAUCUUGUACGAACCUUCAUUAUGCUUUCGCUUCAAUGCACCCACACACAUAUUCAGUCUUGCCCGCUAACGAAGACUUCGAUGUUAUAAAAGGAGGGUACCGCAUUGCGACUGGACUGAAACGUCAUAUACCUGGAUUGAAGGUUAUUUUGAGCGUUGGUGGUGAAGGCUCGGAUCGUUUGUUUAGUGAGAUGGUACAGGAGCCUGUGAGGAGAAACAUGUUUAUCGAAAGUGCCUUAUCAUUUUUACAAGAGCAUGAUUUUGAUGGGCUCGAUUUACAUUGGGUGUAUCCAGGUGAAAAGGAUGAAAAAGAAAAAGAUCUGGUAACAACUUUAUUAUACGAGAUCAGAGAGAAGUUCUCUUCGUAUGGCUAUUUGCUAUCGACAGUUUUGCCGCCGUUUAGAUAUCAAAUAGAAGACGGCUAUGAUCUGAGUGCUGUGAGUGGGGCAACGGAUUAUACUAUACUACAAGCGUGGGAUAUGACGCACGGGAGACGGGAGGAACCUCCUGCCAAAGCUGUUCAACACAGCGCUCUACAUAGAGACCCAGGCGCUACAUCACGGGAUCAGCGAUAUGACAAUAUUGAAUUUAUGGUAAAAUAUAUCCUGCGACACGGAAUGGCCCCAGAAAAAUUGGUGCUGGGUGUACCGCUUUAUGGUCGCAGUUAUACUUUAGCACCAUCGACAAAUCCUUAUCCGGGAGCCCCCAUCGAUGGAUGGGGAGAAGAAGGACCAUACACUCAAACGAAGGGACUUCUAGCUUAUUUUGAGAUAUGUAUGGCUGAACGCGAAGGUAAAGGCGUAAGCGGUGUGGAUGAAGCUGGUAACGCUUACGCGGUUUUCGAUAAUCAGUGGGUGACAUACGAUACCCCAUCAACGAUCGUUGAUAAGAUGAAAUACGUCAUAAGUAGUGGAUUAGCUGGAGCUGCAGCGUGGGCGGUCGACAUGGAUGACUUCAGAGGGUUAUGCGGUUCACCAUUCCCAAUUCUAAGUGCAAUUUCUAAAACAUUAAACGGGGAAGAAGUACAAACUGACCAAUCGACCCUUAAAAUCGGAUCGUGCGACUCAAAUGCUCCUUACUUAGCUUCCGACGAGGAGUCGUGUGCCCACUUUCAUUUCUGCACAGGAGCUAUUAGUUAUAGAAUGUCCUGUGAAGAUGAUCGUUUAUACGACCCUUCCACCGGUUACUGCGGGCACCAGGAUGUAGGUAAAUGCCUCCCAGGACAAAGUUUGCGAAUCAGUGUGGAAGAUGCAGCUCGUUAUCUGUCACAUGUUUAUGAAACAGACUUCGAGUGGAACAAUGAACCUAUGAAAGCAGUGGCCAAUCGAGACUCAGAACGCCUGACUUCAGACGAUGUAGAUAUUAAGAAAAAUAAGGAAAACGACAACAAAGUGGUGUGCUAUAUGACCAGUUGGGCCUUUUAUCGACGUGGCGACGGAAAGUUUGUACCCGAACAAGUGGACACACGUCUGUGUACUCACGUUGUAUACGCAUAUGGCUCACUGUCCCCUGAUGAACUUGUUGCCAAAGAAUUUGAUCCUUGGGCUGACAUAACCAAUAAUUUGUACGAACGUGUCACAUCACUCAGAGAUGUUAAAGUCCUCCUUGGUUUAGGAGGAUGGACAGACUCAGCAGGAGAUAAAUAUUCUCGUUUGGUAUCUUCAGAUUCAAAUCGAUCUAAGUUCAUAACGAAACUAAUACCAUUCCUUCGGAUGCACAACUUUAAGGGCCUCCACCUGGAUUGGAACUAUCCCGUUUGCUGGCAAAGUAAUUGCAAGAAAGGUGCUCGUUCUGAUAAAGCAAAUUUUGCUAAAUUUGUACAAGAAUUAGCGAAAGCAUUACACGGUGCCGAAAUGGAACUAGGAGUCGCAAUCUCUGGUUACAAAGAGGUCAUUGAAUCAGCGUACGAUUUAGCAACAAUAUCGCGUGAGGCCGAUUUUCUAAGCGCUAUGACAUAUGAUUACCACGGUGGUUGGGAGAGAACUACCGCUCAUCACACGCCCCUGAUUCCAUCGCCCAAAGACGCAUUAUCGUAUUAUUCUAUUGAGUAUGCAAUCAAAGCGAUAAUUAGCGGUGGUGCCGAUCCGAAGAAAUUGCUCCUCGGCUUAUCGUUCUACGGUCAGUCCUACAGAUUAGCGGACGUGGAAAGCACCAGCGGACCCGGGGCACCGGCCGCCGGCCCUGGCGAACCUGGGGAGUUCACCAAGCAGCCCGGAAUGUUGGCCUAUUACGAAGUCUGCUAUAGAGUGAAGAAUUUGCGUUGGAAAACGGGACGACAGACAAACGCAGGACCUUACGCCUAUUCAGACAAUCAGUGGGUCGGAUAUGAUGACCCGAAGUCUAUUACCGAAAAGGUGGAAUGGGCGAUGCGUCUGGGACUGGGCGGCGUGACCGCUUGGGCGAUAGACUUGGACGACUCCAGUAACCGAUGUUGCGCAGAGCCGUACCCGCUACUACGAGCCGCUGGCCGUGCUCUCGGCCGUUCUGUGCCUUCGCCGCCCACCACGCCCUGCGAACGGCCGCCCGAGCCUGUCACUCCCGCUCCCCCCACUACUACCCCUGCAGAGUCCGAUGGUGGAGCGCACGGUGAUCACGGAAGUCACGACCAUCAUACCUCCACGACCUGGCCAAGCUGGAAUCCAACCACUACAAAACCAACCACUACAAAACCGACCACCGCUCAAACCUGGUGGCCCCCUGCUACCACCACCACCACGACCACCAAACGCCCAACCACUAUUUCCACCACCAGACCAACAACUAAACCAACAAUCAAACCAACAACCAGACCAACAACCAAACCCUCGACUAAGCCGCCAUCCGUCACAGGAAGUGUAGAAGGCGGGUCAUGCACUGCCGGUGAAUACAGCGCAGCGCCCGGAGACUGCGAGGGAUACUUGCAGUGCGAGGGGGGACAGUGGCGGAAACAUCGCUGCGCACCCGGCUUGCACUGGGCACCUUCUGUCAGUCGGUGCGACUGGCCCAGUUUCGCUAAAUGCACUGCUACAUCCAGUAGUGAAUCUAGUACGGCAACCACAACUCUGGCUCCGAUGACGUCACGUCCGCCGCCUAGACCCACAACUAGUAGGUGGACGACGACCACGACAACUACCACAACAACUACCACAACUACCACUAAGAGACCGACAACUAGACCUACAACUGUAGCAUCAGAUCCCGUUUCCGAGGGGAAGCCAUGUGGCAGUCAAGAUUACGAAGCAGUGUCUGGUGACUGCAGCGCGUAUCUGCAAUGUGACAGCGGAACUUGGCGCAUUCAGCACUGCGCUCCUGGAUUACACUGGAGCCCGGCCCAUAAGCACUGCGACUGGCCUAAAUACGCACAGUGUGGAGAUUCCGCAACUACUACAACAACCCUUAAGCCGAAACCAACUCGUCCACCAGUACAAGCUACAAGACCAAUGACUACACAAGCUUCAUCAAGUCAACCACAUGAAGACGACGAGUGCAGCAGCAGUGACGUACACGCUUCAGCGUCCACAUGCGACUCGUACUUGCUGUGUGUGAGCGGACAUUGGCGCAAGCAGAUGUGUCCGCCGGGACUUCACUGGGACAAACGGACCAAGCGAUGCGAUUGGGUCGAAUUCGCUAUGUGUGAAACAAAACCAUCAGCUACCAAGUCGCCAAUAACAGUACCGACAAAAACGACUACGUCAGCUACCCGCAGACCAACAACUACGAGACGACCAUGGACGACUACUACUUCAAAACCAUGGGCCGACGAACCCCAGAAACCUGGAAAAGGUUGCCGCACCGGCACGUAUCAUGCGCACCCGAAGUGUGAGAAGUUCUACGUUUGCGUGAACGGUCUACUGAUAACGCAAAGCUGCGCGCCGGGGCUGGUGUGGCGCCCAGAUCGCUCGCAGUGCGACUUCCCUGGCUCCAGCUCAUGCUCUGACCGCAGGCAGGGCGUCUCUGCACCCAUACUCGACGCGACUAACUCGGCCUCUACUGCCGUCCAUGUGCAAGAAGAACCGGAAUUUUGUGAAAACGGCCAAUAUGCUUCAUUCCCAAAUGAUUGCUCAAGAUAUCGACAUUGUUUAUUCGGUAAAUUCGAAGAGUAUUCAUGUAGCCCCGGCUUACAUUGGAAUCAGGAAAAACAAAUAUGUGAUUGGCCAAACAACGUCAAAUGUUCAAUGAAAGGCACGACUCCGAUAACCACGACCACGACUACGACGACAUUUCGUCCCGUCGAAAUGGAUACUAUUCACGAGGAACCUCAAAAGCCAUAUGUACCGUUAAGACCAUCAGCACCCCCUUCUGGAACAAACUCUGAUAUAUCAACGAGACCGGCUCUGCUUAAUUCACGCUAUAAGCUAGUUUGUUAUUACACAAACUGGUCCUGGUACAGGCCCGGUAUAGGAAAAUACAGUCCAGAAGAUAUCGACCCUACGCUUUGUACGCAUAUCGUUUACGGAUUUGCAGUCCUGGGAUCAGAUGGACUUAUAACUGCCCACGACUCUUGGGCAGAUUAUGAUAAUCAAUUUUAUGAACGCGUAGUUGAAUUUAAAAAAUACGGUAUAAAGGUUUCCAUUGCUAUCGGAGGAUGGAACGACUCGGCAGGAGACAAAUAUUCUAAGUUAGUGAACGAUCCCGCAGCAAGGGCCAGAUUUGUAAAACACACUUUGUCAUUCGUUGAGCAGUACGGAUUCGACGGACUGGACCUCGACUGGGAGUAUCCUAAGUGCUGGCAGGUUGACUGUUCUCUAGGCCCUGAUUCGGACAAGGAAGCAUUCGCUGACUUAGUUCGAGAGCUCUCAGCAGUUUUCAAGCCUAGAGGCUUGCUGCUAUCGGCCGCUGUAUCACCUAGCAAAAUGGUUAUAGACGCCGGUUACGAUGUCCCAGUAUUGGCAAGACAUCUUGACUGGAUUGCUGUUAUGACGUACGACUACCACGGACAAUGGGACAAACAGACAGGACACGUGGCGCCCUUGUACUAUCACCCUGACGACGACAAAACUUACUUCAAUGCCAAUUAUACAAUGCAUUAUUGGAUGAAAAAAGGGGCUCCAGCUUCUAAAUUGGUUAUGGGUAUGCCGAUGUACGGGCAAACGUUCACUAUAGAAAACAGAGGGAUACACGGUUUGAAUGCCCCAGCCUCGACCGGCGGAGCGGAGGGUGAAUACACAAGAGCCAAAGGAUUCUUAUCUUACUAUGAGAUAUGCGAUCGAAUCAGGUACGACGGAUGGACAGUUGUCAAAGAUCCGCUACAACGAAUGGGACCAUACGCCUACAAAGGCGAUCAAUGGGUCUCAUUUGACGACACCGACAUAAUUAAGCAGAAAAUUAAUUUCAUCAAAUCCCUUAACCUUGCUGGUGGCAUGGUCUGGGCUUUAGAUCUUGAUGACUUUAGGAAUAGGUGCGGACAAGGCAAGCAUCCCUUAAUAAACGCGAUUAAAAAAGGUUUCCUUGAUCAAGAAAUCCAUGACGAUCCUAUAGUAACAGAACCUCCAUUGUUAGAACCUCCAAACGAUAUUGAUGACUCUGACGAUAUUGAAGUGAGACCCGUUCAUUCAAGACCAACUUCCAAGCCAAUGAGAGAUCCAAUGCAAACAACUAUGGCAAUACAAACAACUAAGAAACCGUCAACUACCGUAGCUCCGUUCGUUGAAGAGCGUUACAGGGUUGUGUGCUACUAUACAAACUGGGCUUGGUACAGGCCUGGAUCUGGUAAAUUCACUCCUAGCAACAUAGAUCCUUCUCUUUGUACACACAUCGUAUACGCGUUUGCUGUCCUCGAUACAACCCGCUUAGUUAUAAAGCCUCAUGACAUUUGGUUGGAUGUCGAAAACAAAUUCUACGAGAAAGUAGCUUCCUUGAAGAGCAAUGGUGUUAAAGUUGUUCUCGGUUUGGGUGGAUGGGACGAUUCAGCAAGUGACAAAUACUCGAGAUUAGUAAACAGUGUAUCUGCUCGUAGAAAGUUUAUUGUACACGCCAUAGACUUUAUUGAACAGUAUGAAUUCGAUGGCUUAGAUCUAGACUGGGAAUAUCCAAAAUGUUGGCAAGUAAAUUGUGAAAAGGGCCCAAGUUCAGACAAACAAGGAUUCGCUAAUCUUGUAAAAGAAUUAAGAGCUGCGUUUGGUCCCCGAGGUCUUCUCCUUUCCGCUGGCGUUUCUGGAAGUAAACGCGUUAUCGACGCAGGAUAUGAUAUACCAACGUUGUCGAGAAACCUAGAUUGGAUUUCUUUGAUGGCAUACGACUACCACGGACAAUGGGAUAAAAAGACAGGUCACUUAGCCCCCAUGUACGCCCAAGAAGACGAAAUUGAUGAUACUUUGAAUGUAAACUACACAGUCAAUUACUGGAUAGACAAAGGAGCCGAUAAAGAGAAACUGGUUAUGGGAAUUCCAUUCUACGGGCAAUCGUUUUCAUUAGUAGAGGGCGUUGGAACUGGUCUCGGAGCUGAAGCCUACGCUGGCGGAGAAGCUGGAGAUGAAACUAGAGCUCGAGGAUUUUUAUCUUUCUAUGAGAUAUGCGAACGCAUUAGGGUGCAAGGUUGGAAAGUAGGUCGUGACCCGGGCGGCCGAAUGGGUCCUUAUGCUGCAUUCGAAGACCAAUGGGUAUCAUUUGACGAUGAUUACAUGGUACGUCAUAAAGCCGAAUACGUUCGGGCUAUGGGACUUGGAGGUGCUAUGGCGUGGGCUCUAGAUCUUGAUGAUUUCACUGGAAAACAUUGCGGAUGUGGAAAGUCGCCUCUUUUGAAAACUAUUAAUCACGUACUGCGUGGGAAAGAAGCUUCUCCACAGUGUCCACUAGAAGAAAUACAAGCACCAUCUACUGAAGUUGCAGUCGUUGAACACGAUCAUGAUCAUGAUCAUGAACAUCAUGAUCAUCACGAUCAUGGUGAAGACGGACAUGACCAUAAUGAAGAACAUAUGACUCCUGAUAUGGCAAAACCUCCACCUAAGCCACAACAAAGACCAGAGGACGUUGAUAUUACUGGAUCAAGCCUUGAAGGCAAAUCUUGCACAGGAAACGUUUUUAGGUCAGACAACGCCGAUUGUACGAAAUACUAUUUAUGUAUCAAUGGAGCAUAUAUACAACUUCAGUGCCCGGAACCUCUACACUGGAAUAAGAAUCACUGCGAUUGGCCCGAGAAAGCUCGUUGUGGAACUAAGGCUCAGUUGAAAAUAGCCGGACAGUAUGACCAAGAGACCCAAGCCGACAAACCUAUCCUUGCUUGUUAUUUUACAAACUGGGCUUACUAUAGGAAAGACAGCGGUAGUUUUGGACCAGAGCAAGUUAACCCAUCAAUGUGCACACACAUCAUUUACGCUUGGGCACAUCUUGACGACGAAACCUAUAAGUUAGUACCGGGAAUACCGGAACUAGAUCUCGAGAACGACUUUUUCGGAAAGAUUACCGAAUUAAAGAAAACCGGAGUAAAAGUGAUAUUAGGCGCGGGAGGUUUAGUAGAUUCGGAAAGCGACAAAUGGAAACGGAUGGCUUCUACUGCUGAAAACAGAAUGAUAUUCAUAGACUCAGUUGUUAAGUUUGUGAAUAGGUGGAAUUUCGACGGAGUGCAAAUUGCUUGGCAGUAUCCAGUUUGUAAACAGGCUCCGUGUAUGUAUGCAUCACGAGACUUCUCUGACGUGGACAACUUUGCCGAUCUCGUGUCAACACUAUCUAAAGUACUCCGACAGCACGAUCUGGAGUUGUCGGCUAUGGUCUCAGCCAAUCCUGAGAUAGCAGCGCUGGCAUAUAAGCCCCACAUACUAUCAACAGAAUUGGACUGGAUAUCUGUAGCGGCUAACGACUUCUAUGCAUCGAAUACGGGUCGAGCAUCGUAUCUCAUGCAACUGGAUAACAAUCAAAAUGCAGGAAUCAAUAGUAUGAAUGCAUCUCUAGCGUAUUGGACUAGUGUAGUACAACUACAGAAGCUAGUGGUGGGAGUACCAGCAUACGCUCGCGCCUACACAUUGCGAAGUGCGUCCAACGCUGUUGCAGGUGCCCCGGCCUCAGGGCCUGGGGAGCCUGGAAAGUACACAGGGAUACCUGGUUUCCUUGCAUAUUUUGAGAUUUGUGAAGGUAUACGUUCUGGUGAAUGGAAAGAUACUCAUACACGUGAUGGCACAUUCGCCGUUCACGACAGACAGUGGGCUUCGUACUUAAGUGUCGAGGACGUCCACCGAGUGGGGACGUGGGUGUCGCGUGGUGGCCUGCGGGGCGCGGCGCUGUGGGCUCUCGAUCUGGACGACUGGCGCGGGCGGUGCUCCUGCAUCCCGCACCCGCUAUUAGCUGCUCUACGACAAGGAUUAACUGACCCCACGAUACCGCUCACUUUAUGCGCUUAGUAACAGUUUAUGGAUUUCUGUCUUCCAACAAAAGUGAAUCAUGUAGAUUGCUCAUGAAUUCCAGAAUUAAUUGAUGCUUGAAACAAUAUAUAUUACGUAUUUCCCUGAACAACGACACGGAUUCUGUAUUAAUUUUAAGUUAUUUUGAGGUAAAUUACUGUUUCAAGAUUAUUAGUGAAGUAUGAGAUCUAUAAAGAAUGUGAUAUAAAAUGUACAUUUUACGUAAGAUAAGAAUUGAAAUAAAAAAAAAUCCUUGAUUUUUACUCGACUGCAUUUCGACUGAAUUAUUCUUUGAGUAAGAGUACAAGGAUUAUUGACGGGAGCAACAUUAAUAAAUUAAGAGUCAUUCGAAAUUCGAAAUGUGUAUUCAAUAACCUUACAUUUGUGAUAGAAAUAAGCACGGAUGAAAGUUUUAGAAGCAAAUAAAUGUUUACAAUUCUU